GAUUUUAUAUGAUUGAUGCAUAUUUAAGAUGCACUUUGCCAAAUGCCAAUUCCAAUUGCCAGACGAGAAAAGGAGAGAUCUGGAAUAAAAAUUUCGACUUUCCCAAACUGUAAACCCUAAAAUCAAGUUCAAGUCGAAUGUCAGUGCUUGAAUCAUUUCUCCUUUCACAAACCUAGCUUCGAAAUUUAAUGGAUUGAGCUGCUCUAUCCACAAAAAUUCAUGGGGGAGUCGCUACAGAAACGCAAGAAGGUUCUUGAGGAUGCCGAAGAUAGGAUCAGCAGUCUUCCAGACUCCGUUCUCUGUUGCAUUCUCUCUUUUCUGCCCACAAAAGAUGCAGGCAGAACCAGCAUCUUAUCCACCCGCUGGAAGUACCUCUUCGUCUCCAGCCCUAAUCUCGAAUUCGACGAUUCUUUCGGCAGUGUAGAGUCUCGUCCUAGAUUCGUGAAUUUCGUGUACAGAGUGUUGGCUCUGCGUGCUUCAUCGUCUAUGAAUCGAUUUCGUCUUAAAUGCGAGGUAAACAACGAUGAUCCACAUGUUAAUAGAUGGAUAUCUGCUGCCCUUUGCCGCAAUGUUCAGGAACUUGAGAUUGAGCUAUGUACGUUUUCUUAUGUUUUUCCAAGAAUCCAAAACUCGGGUUUGCUGCCUUACGACCUUUUCACUUGUAGAACGCUAGUUGUUCUAAAACUGGAUGCGGAUUGUAGCCUCAAUGUCCCUCGUAACGUUUCUUUACCAAAUCUGAAGACCCUUCAUCUUCAAUCUGUGUUAGUUGAGUGGGACUCUUUCAAGAGGAUCUUAUCCGGCUGUCCUGUGCUUGAAGAUUUGCUUACAUGUGGCUGUAGGUUUAUGUAUUUACAAGUUUUUGAUCUUUCAGUUCCUACACUUAAAAGGCUUACGUUGGGAUCACUAUGUUUGCCCUGUGGUGAAUUUUAUGGCUCUGAAGUAGUGAUUGAUGCUCCAUAUCUUCAAUGCAUACGACUCAAAGAUAAUGUGGUAAAAAAAGGCUAUACUUUGAAGGGGCUAACCUCUCCAACUGAAGCUCAUAUAUCCAUUAAACUGAGUGUGCAGGAAUGGCGCCAAAGGUUAUCUAAUUGUCUGCCCGUUGCCAAACUUUUUGAAGCAAUCUCUAAGGUGGAGUCUCUUCAUUUAGCCGGAUAUUCUGUGUUGGUUCUUGACGUCACCCAACCCCGUUUGCCUACAUUUCCUAACUUGACCCGGUUGGAGGUUGCUUCCAAUGAUACUACCUUGGGACUGCUGGCAGAACUACUUCACUGUUCGCCUAAUCUUGAAGUGCUAGUCGUCGGACAAGUUCAUAAAUAUGGCAGGGGUCCAAGGAAUUUCCCAAUUCGUACUGGUUAUCUGUCAUUGCAUCUCAAGGAAGUUGAUCUACGGGAAUUCACUGGGAAGGAAGAUGAACUGGAGGUAGUAGAAUAUUUAUUAGACAGCGCACAGGUUUUGGAGAAGAUGACAAUUGUAAUGCCUUCCUCUAUGGACAAGUUGCAUGUCAGCAAAAAAGUAUCAACAUUUCCAAGGCAGUCAAGGGCUUGUCACAUCCUAGUCACCUAAAAACUAAAAGAUGAAACAGAAGUUCUAAAACAUGUGUAUUAUGUAAUUGAAGCUGAGUGAAAGAAGGUGCAUAAGUAGCACAAUGAAGCAAAUGAGAGGAAACUGCUACUGUUUUUGAGAACAUUUGUUUCGGGAUGCAUAGUUUCAUUUUCUUUGUUCCCCCUGUGGCUUUGGUGGAUUUGUCUUUGUUGUAGCCGUAGAGCUUUCAUAUGCUACUUUGAUGUGUUACCGCACAUUCAAUUGAUCUUCUCCUUGAAACAACUUGCGCAUGAUGUUUUUGGAAGAAUAGUGUAUUUGUCUUUGUUGUAGCCAUAGAGCUUUCAUGUGCAAGUUUUUGGAAGAUUAGUGGAUUUGUCUUUGUUGUAGCCAUAGAGCUUUCAUAUGCAACUUUGAUGUGACAUUGUACAUUCAAUUGAUCUUGUCUUAGAAACAACUUGUGUAUGAUUGUUUUUUCUUUGGAAGAUUAUGAAUGACAGGAUACUCUCUCUCUCUCUC